AUGGAUGAAACAGGUAGCAAAUUAAUCUUUAAAUCAGCUUUAGGUAGAGAUUACAUAAGCGCCUUUGAUGUAACUAGUGAUGGCAAUUAUAUUUUAGUAGGAUUGAAUUCAGAAAUCAAGGUUUACCAAUUCAUUAAUCCUCUAAAUUAAUUAAAUUUACCAUAAUAGUUUAUUUAAGUAGGAUAAUGUAAUUUUCCAACUCAAGUGGAAGAUUUAAUUUAUGUAAAAGAUAUAAAAAUAGCUGUAGCCGUUGGAAUGCUAGGAAGUGUUGUUGUCUAUGAUGUUGAAGUAAUGUCAGAAGUAUAUAUUCUAUCAACUUAUACUGUUGAUACUCUUCAGAUUACUGGCGUAUCUGUUUCUGACGAUGGUCACUGGAUUUAUUUGGCUUGUGAUAUUGUAGGAGUAGUUGUUUUAAAGAUAAAUAUAAUUCCUCCUUAGAUUCCUAAUGAUAAAAGAUAAGCAACUUUACUUAAUGCUGCAACAGGUGUCGGAUAUAGGAAAAGUUGGUAUGCUACUGCAACACAUGAUUAAUAAAUUUUAUUUGAAGUAGAGAUGUGGUUUGGCCUAUUUUAUGCACCAUUUAAAAACGUACUGGCAAGUAGUGAAAGCUAAUACCCUCUUAAAUUAAAUUUCACUGGUUUUUGGCCAUUUUCACAAAUUAGUCCUACUACAUACAUCCUCUUGAUUUCAUCUAAUGAUAAUUUGCUUUUUGUAGCAGCUAGAUCGCAAGGUAUUUUCAUAUUUGACAUCAGCUAGAGAGAUAAUUUUAGAUUUUAUCAUUAGAUUUAAGUUGAUGCCCUCGCUUAAUCAGGCGUUUUCUCUAGAACUGAGCAAUAUUUAUAUUAUUCAAAUUCGAUCAGCGUGUAUACAUUUGUACAAAAUAAACCUAAUCUUAAUAAUCAAUAUCCUAAUAUUUUCAACACCAAUUAAGCCAUUGAAUUAAGUAUGGAUGGAAUUUACAAAUGGAGGUGCUACGUAGAUCCUACGGAUAACUAUUUGAUCGGAGCGUUUGAUUAUUCUGGAUUUUACAUAAUGCCUUUCUAUUAAGACCCAUAUAAGUUAAAUUUAGACACUUCAAUUAGAUUGAGUAUUGAGUCUGAUUCAGCCUACUUAGACCCCGAUGGAAAAUAUCUUUACAUUCCUUCUUUAUAUUCUGAAAAUUUAUUAACUGUAUUACAGAUUAAGCCAGACAGUACUGAUCCAACCAAUUCAUAAAAUAUAUCUAUUAUGAACCCAAAAAUAGUUUAUUCUUAUCAUACAGACACAGUUUAAAUGUCUGAAUCAAUUAAAUUUAGCAAGGAUAGGCAGUACGCAACUAUAACUCACUCAACUGGAAUCUUAAUAUUCAACACAACAAACCCUCUUGACUUUAAACUGAUCAAAUAUUGGGAAAAUCCAUCAUUCAUAAGUGGAGAAAAUCAAGGAGCUGUAAUAACUCACGAUAACAAGUGGAUUGUUAGCACUGUUAGAGCUUAUGGAAUUUAUGCUUUAAGUUUUACUGAUAAAAAUAACAUUACUUUAGUGGACUAUAUAGAAACUUUAGGUGGAGAGGGGAUAGAAUUAUCAAUUCUAACUGAUCAAUAUGCUUAUCUAAUGGAUGGAAUGCUUGGUUUUGCUAUAAUAGACUUAUACUCUUUACCUAAAAUAGAUAUAAUCUCCAGAGUUAGCUUACCUGGCUGGACAAGUAUGAUAUAGCCUUUGUUUGAUGAGUAGUAUAUGCUUGUCGGUUAAAUGGAAAAGGGUAUGCUUUCUCUACUUACUAUAAAAGACAAAAUAAAUCCAAGGAAAAUUAGUGCUUACUAAAGAGAUAAGCAGUAUUGUGUAUCUAUUUGCAUUCCAAAUGAUUAGUCUUUUGUUUUUAUUGCUGGACCUCAAGGAAUAAUUAGUCUUCCUCUAACAAGCAAAGUAAUGAUUCAUACAGAGGUAAGCUAAUUAAUAUCAAAUGGUAGUACAAAUACUACACAAAAAUUUGAUUAAAAACUAUCCCUAGUAAACACUACUGGAUUAAGUUAGGAUGACUUUGUCUUUUCUGUAGGAUAGAUUAUCUAGUUAAAUUUUGUUAUACUCUAUCCUCAAGAUAAUAUGAAGAUCACUUCUUUACAUAUUUAUUAGAAUGAUUAAGUCUUAGAUUUACCAUACUUUAUGUCCUAUAAUCCCUCAACAUAAACUUUAGUAAUGGCUAUCAGUCAGUAACUACUUUAGAAUAUUGCUGGUGGAGUCGCUUUAAACACUAUUCUUGUUGAAACUGUGAUUCCACUAUCUACAAAUAACUUCAUAUAUGAUGCUGAUGAUGCUGAUGAUUUAGCAGUUACUAAUUCUGAUUAAGCAUAAUUUAUUAUCAAUUAUUUGUAACACUAAGGAAUAAUUAAUGACAAAUAUACUUUAAAUUCUGGGUUUAAUCCUAAUAACUACUAAAUAUUUGAUGACAAUUUCCUUAAAGGUUAAAUUCUUACUAACGUUACUUCAAAAGACUACCAAAAAGCCUCUCAACAAUUUAUAAAAAAAGUUAUCAUUACUUUAAUAUAAUCUCAGUUUGUGAAUUCUGUUAUUUAUUAUGUAAGACCAUCUCUAUUUUUCUACUACUAAAGUUCCUCUCCUUCCAUUUAAACAUUAUCAGAUUAAGUUGUUAUUGAAAUUCAAUCAAAUGUAAAUGAUGGGAUUUUUGUUUAGCAAAUUUACCAAGGAGUGAUUUCGUCAACUUCUUCUACUUUUAAUUAUCUAAGGCUUAGUGGGUAGCUUAAUUUAGUCAAUAAUAUUUUAUAAAAUAAAAUAAUAUUUGCUAAUAAAACAGUAAUACAUAUGGAUGAUUAAAUAAAUAAUUCUACUUAAAUGUUAAAUAUAACUAUUUCUGAUUCUAUUAAUUUUCCAAUUGCUUACAUCCUUCCUCUUAAUAGAUGUAAUUUUAUUACCCUAAAAUAGUAAAUAUAAGAAAAUCCUAAUAGUACUUUACAGUAACAAAUCAAUAGACUCUUUUCGAACUCAGAAGUUGCUAUUGAGGAGGAUCUAUCAAUCAUAUUUGCUGAUAACACAUUUUAAACUUCAGAUGCUUAAACAAUUACAUAUACAACUAUGUACACGAAAGGAGAUGUUGAUAAUGAGGAAGGGUAUAAAAAAUUGACUUAGGACUUCUGGCUAUAAUAAGAAGGCAGCACAAAAUUGUCAUUCCAUGGUACUGUACCUACUGAUUCGUAUCUAGAAGUUUUUUCAUUUAAAGUGAAUGCUACUGAUGGUUACACUUAUAAAAUUAGUAAAUUUUAAAUUAAGAUCUACGCAAUACCUUUUUCUUAUAUUUUUAAUCUUCUACUUAAAAUUCUUGGUCCAUUCUUUGCAAUAAUUGGUAUCUACCAAAAAAGAUGCAUUAUUCUAAACAUGAUAUUUAAGAAUAGUGUGCACUUCGAUGAAGAAAUUGUUGAAUGUAAUUAAAAAUAUGUUAAAAAAAUCAUUAUGCUUGGUGAUAGCCAUUAAGACUCAAAAAUUAUUGUGAACCUCUUAUUUGCAAAAAUUGAGUAAGAGUAAUCGAAAAAAAAAAAUGUAUAAAAAUAAGAAGAAAUAAAUCAUACUAACCCUUCGAUGAUAGAUGAGGGUCAUCCUUAUUGUAAUGAUUAAUAAUUAGAUGAAAAUAAUAUUAUUAAAAUGGUUUAGCAAACAAAGUUAAUGACAACUAAUAAACCUCCAAAGGUAGUUAAUAUCAAAAAGACAAAAAAUCAACUUAGUGCUUUUAAAUCUUAAUAAAAAACUCACCCCGCUGAAAAGCUUUAUUUAAAGUAAGAUGGAAGUAUGAGCAUGUCUAAAAUAAUUAAAGAUAUAAUAUCUUUUAAUUUAAUGAAAGUUAGACAAAUUAACUAGAAUAAUAUUGCUGAUUUGAAAAAUGUAAAUUCCAGGUUAUAUAGAGGCAUAAGAUCUCAUGCAGCAAGAUAUUUACUUUAGUUAGAUAAAAAAUCAUAGCUUGUUUAUGAGUUCAUUAAAAGUUAUUGCUAUGAAUAUUUGUAAAAAUCCUUAAAUGAUUGGUACAAGGCUUUGGUCAAUUUAGACUAUAAAUAAGAGACAGAUGAUAAAGGCAUUUUAACAAUCUUCCCUCAACUCUCUAUAAACGUAUAAAAUUUAAUAAAAAUUAUAUUUUAAAUAAAUAUUUUAUCAAUCGAAGAAAUGUCUUAAAUUAAUAAUUUCACUUAACUUAUUAAACAUUCAACAAAUAAACAACUUGAUAUUAACUUCUUCCUCAUCAGAGAAGUAUUAUAUGCUGAUGCUCUCGGUUAUUGCUCACACAUACCUUCCGUUCUAUAGCCCUCUGUAGGAGAAUCAAUUCAUUUACAUUCAUAUGAAAUUUUAUAAAUUAUUGCUUUUAAAAAAGAGUAAUACAAAAAUAGUUGUGUGAGAUUCUUAAUGAGCAUGCUUAAUUUAGAUUAUAAUAAAUAUGGAGUUUCUAAAAAUUUAAGGCUUCCUAAAUGGUUAUAAUUAGAUUAAAAACAUGGUAUUUUAAUGAUUUAUGGUACACCUUCUACUGAAGAUAUAGAUGAAGUACUAAUUAGAGUAUAUGAUCUUAGUGGAUAUGUAAUAAAAUAAUUCUCUUUAAAAGUUUAAGCUUCUGAAAAAUAAAAAUUUGUAAAAGAUGAAUCUCUAUUUAGCAUACCUGAUGAAAGUGACUCCUUAUUUUAAUUAGAUUAAGUUUUAGAUGAUAAUUAGUAAUUGAGUUAGAAUUGUACAUUUAAUAUCUAGCAAAUUUCUCCAAUAUAUAACAAAAGAGAAAGAUAAAAAACUUAUAAGUCAAUUUAUAAAAAUUCUACAGAUUUUAGUCCCUAAAAAUAAGCCAAUGAAACAUUUAACUCAGAUACAUUUUUUUUCUAAUAACAACAUAUUUUAAAGUCAAAAACAAAGGAUCCUGUUAGUAUUUAACUUUAUGAAUUCUAAAAAAGAGAUAAUAGUAAAAAUUCAUUUAUAAAACAUAAUGAAACAAUAUCUUUCUCUCAUUAAAACUCAUUAUUUCCAUUUAAAACAAAUAAUGAUUUAAUUUCUUUAAACUAUCAAGAAACUAUUAAUGAAACUUAAAUAACAAAUUAAGACACAUUAUAUAAAGAAAAGUGA